AUGGAACCAGCAACAGUCUAUCGAGACUCGCAAGUGGGUGAACAAGACAUGAGUCAAAGAAAUGGCGGAAUCGGCGGUUCUGAAGGAGCUGCAGAAGGUCAAAUGUUCGUUUCGGACUCAAUGGAUCCAAAUGAAAACGAGCUGGAGCCCGGCGAAGAAGCAGCGCUGGUAUCGUUUGUGCCGCUGGAUCGGCUUUUAAUUAACGGGAUAACGGCCUUAGAUCUUAAAAAGCUGAGGGAAAACGGCAUUCAUACCGCAGAAGCAGUGGCGUACGCUUCCCGCAAACAACUGCUUGAAAUUAAGGGUAUUUCGGAGGCCAAAGCAGAGCGGCUACUCAACGAAGCCGCACGUUUGGUUCCGAUGGGAUUUGUCACUGCUGCCGACUUUCAUCUGCGCCGCUCGGAAAUGAUUUGUUUGACGACAGGGUCCAAAAAUCUGGAUACACUCCUGGGCGGUGGAAUUGAGACUGGAUCUAUUACAGAAUUGUUCGGCGAGUUCCGGACAGGAAAGUCGCAGCUAUGCCACACCCUGGCCGUGACGUGUCAAAUUCCGCUCGAUAUGGGAGGAGGAGAGGGCAAAUGUCUGUAUAUCGACACUGAAGGCACAUUCCGGCCCAUCAGGCUUGUAUCGAUAGCACAACGAUUUGGCUUGGAUCCUGAUGAUGCUUUAAACAAUGUCGCAUAUGCUAGAGCCUACAAUGCUGAUCAUCAACUGCGUCUCUUGGACGCUGCGGCACAAAUGAUGAGCGAAUCUCGAUUUUCGGUGAUUGUGGUGGACUCCAUUAUGGCUUUGUACAGAACAGAUUUUUCGGGUCGUGGAGAGCUGAGUGCUAGGCAGAUGCAUCUGGCGAAGUUUAUGCGCGCCUUGCAACGGCUAGCGGAUCAGUUUGGGGUGGCAGUUGUGGUCACCAAUCAAGUAGUAGCCCAAGUGGACGGUGGAAUGAGCUUUAACCCAGACCCUAAGAAGCCUAUAGGAGGUAACAUCAUGGCGCAUUCCUCAACCACGCGUUUAGGGUUUAAGAAAGGUAGAGGUUGCCAGAGAAUAUGCAAGGUGGUGGACUCUCCAUGUUUGCCCGAGGCAGAGUGUAUUUUCGCUAUUUACGAAGACGGUGUGGGAGAUCCACGCGAAGAAGACGAAUGA